GGGAUAUAAAAAAUCAUCUAAAUCAUGUUUCAUGCCACAUUUUAAACACGCAAUUUUCACUUUUUUCACUACAUAAAAAAGGAAUAUAAUCGUAUGAAUAACGAAUCCAGAUCAAUAAAAGCUACUACUAUUGAGGAUUUUAAUUUGCCUUGGAGAAGACGUUGCAAAAUAUUUGUAACAAUUUGUUUCCUUGCAUUUACUGAAAAAAAAAAGAUUUAACCAUUUUUUUUGUCGGUACAUAGAUUUUUCAGACUCAAUGCCUCAACGGUGUAUGUUGUAUUAGACAAGAAUAUUCACAAUUUGGUGAGGUCAUCACGAGUCCCUCUACUAAUAAAUAUAACCAACUUCGCCUCUUCAUCUCUACUAACAAUUAGCAAACAAAAAGCACACGAAUUUUCAAAUCUUUUUCCUCUCUUCUCGCUCUCUCUCUUCGUAAACUCCUCCAUUUGUUUUCUCUCUGUUUCCUCGUAGAUCCCUCUGUUUCCGUUUCUCUUUCGAAUCUAAACAUCUCUCUGAAAUCGAAGAAAUGGGUGAGAACGCCAUCUCAGGUAAUCUCAAGAAUCUAACAAUCGACACAGGAGAUUCAGAGACUCUCGUCGUCUGCUUCGGCGAAAUGUUGAUCGAUUUUGUUCCAACCGUGGGAGGUGUAUCGCUCGCUGAAGCACCAGCUUUCAAGAAAGCUCCAGGAGGCGCGCCUGCGAAUGUAGCUGUUGGUGUCUCUAGACUCGGUGGCUCUUCUGCUUUCGUUGGAAAGGUUGGUGAUGAUGAGUUUGGACGAAUGUUAGCUGAUAUUCUAAGGCUGAACAAUGUCGAUAACUCCGGGAUGAGAUUCGACCACAAAGCAAGAACUGCUCUCGCCUUUGUUACGUUAAGAGCUGAUGGAGAGAGGGAGUUUCUGUUCUUCAGACACCCGAGUGCUGAUAUGCUUCUCUUGGAAUCUGAGCUCGACAAAAACCUCAUCCAAAAGGCCAAGAUCUUUCACUACGGAUCUAUCAGUUUGAUCGAGGAACCUUGCCGCUCUACUCAGCUUGCAGCUAUGAAAAUCGCCAAAGCCUCAGGGAGUCUCUUGUCAUACGACCCGAAUUUGAGAUUGCCUUUGUGGCCAUCAGAAGAAGCUGCAAGGAAAGAGAUCAUGAGCAUCUGGGAUUUGGCAGAUGUUAUUAAGGUUAGUGAGGACGAGAUUACAUUCUUGACUGGUGGAGAUGAUCCUUAUGAUGAUGAAGUUGUGUUGCAAAAGCUCUUUCAUCCGAAUCUCAAGCUUCUUGUUGUCUCAGAAGGACCUAACGGCUGUAGAUACUACACUCAGGAGUUUAAAGGUAGAGUUGGUGGAGUGAAAGUGAAAGCGGUUGAUACAACCGGUGCAGGAGAUGCAUUCGUUAGCGGUUUAUUGAACAGCUUAGCUUCUGACCUCACACUACUCACUGAUGAGAAGAAACUGAGAGAGGCACUACUGUUUGCAAACGCUUGUGGAGCCAUUACAGUGACAGAGAGAGGAGCUAUUCCGGCGAUGCCCACCAUGAAUGCUGUUCAAGACCUUCUCUCUUCUUCUCGCUCCUAAAAAAAGUCUCUUUUGAAGGGAAUCAAAGUCAUCACCUUUCCACUGUAUUUCUGUGUUUUUGUUCCUUUUGUUUUCUGUAUCUUUUUUUUUUAAUUCCCAAUUUGUAGGAACUCGAGAAUGUUGUGUUUCUAGUUUGUUGUUGUUUGAUCUCCCGGAGUUUUAGAAUUGGGGUGUUUUGGUUUUAACUACAUUUCAAGAAGUUCAUAAAACAAAAGUCUCUGCUUUGUAAACUGCUUGCCGUUUUUAGUUUGAGCCAAGAACGACACGC